AUGGUUUUAUUCAAAUCUAUUCCAUGGUUUUUUUUACUUUAUCUUCCAACAUCAGUGGUUUUUGCUCAAGUUACCACGUAUACAGCUUAUCAAUUUUCUUUCCGAUAUGUUACAAUAUGUUCACCGGAUCAAUAUUAUGACAUUGCUCUACUACAAUGUUCAUCUUGUCCAGCUAAUGCUAUACAAAAAAUAACAGACCAAACACAAUGUGAAUGCACUAAUCAAACAUUUUAUUAUGGUGUUAAUCAAGGUGGUGGUUCAUUACUUUGUGUACCAUGUCCAACAUCAUAUGCACGAUCAACGGAUGGUUUUGGAUGCAUUAUUGAUAAUUCUGCAUGUACAACAGCAUUUAACAACAUAGUUCCUUCGGAAUCGCGCCUUGAUGGAAGUUUGUAUACAAACAACUCAGCAUCAGUGCAACCAAGCCAAAGUAGUAAACAAUGUACAACAUGUUCGAAUGGUACAUGGGCGUAUCCAAACAGCCAACGAUGUUUUCCAUGUGCCAACGUUACUCCUCAUACCGGAACGCCACCAGCUACGAUCAAUUGCUGCGGCACGAACAGUACUGAUAUACAAGAUGGCAUUUGUUUAAGCUACGUAAUCAAUUCAAUAGGUAUAAGUUUUUCACCGUCUUAUUUAAAUACAUUUCAAAAUCCAGCAACAUCUUCUUUUUUUCAACAGCAUCUCGAUGCGUCUGUUUAUCUUUGUCUAAUGAAUUUGAAUGCAUCCACAGCUCGAUCCAUAAAUCGCACAUUGCUAUCGAAUGGAACAGCCUGUCAAAUAUUAGCUAAUAUGGCUGCUAUGCAAUUCUUUUAUCCAGCAAUUAACUAUGCUUAUGGUUUAUAUCAAAGCUAUAUAUGGCAACCAACAUCAUCACAAAUAUGGACAGCGGCGUCUACGAGAACAUCAAUACCAUUUCUUGCUUAUCCUUCAACAUAUUAUCAAGAAAUAAAUAAUGCUUCUUAUGAUUGGAUACCAUCAUCGCUUGAUGGUGCAAAUACAAUGAGAUUAAAAUUAGCAAAAUAUUCUCCAAUAGGAGAAUAUUUAGGUUUGUUUGAUGCUUUUGAUGCAUAUAUUCAAUUGUGCGGUGGUGCCUAUACGGAUGGUAAACCGGCUUUUACAUUUGGAACACAAUACAAAAGAACAUGUUCUAUUCGUGCCGAUGCAUUAUGGAAUUCAACGUUAUAUGAAACUGCUUUUUUUGACCCAUAUUUCCUAUUUACCAAAUCAAAUUCUGAUUAUAUGUUGCCGACACCCGUUGUUUUAAGAAAUUAUAAAACCGAUACUGGCGCUACUCCAAAUAAAAAUAAUGAUGAAUCACAAUGGGUUUAUCAUCGUCGUUUUUUUCUAGUUGAUAGAACAUCUGGAGUUGUAAAUAAUAAGGAAUUAAGAAAUGUUCAUUAUGCACAAUCAAUCACAAUUCUAAAUACAUUAUCAAAUGGUGGUGCAUACUUUCAGCCACCAGUAAUUGUUAUACAAUAUGAAGAAUUGUCUCUAACUAAUAUAGGCACAGGAACUAUUGUAGACGUAAAAUUUGAAACGCAAUAUCGAAUGAAUCUUGAUGGACAAAUUCAGAAUAUAUGGAUAGCUAUUGGUGUUCUAUCUGGUUUAGGUAUAAUAUUUGCAUUGAUUCAAACAAAAGUUUGGUAUUCAAGAGCUGGAAAACAAACCGUUGACUUAGAAAUUAUUGGCAAAUUCGUACUUUUUAUGAUUAAUAUUCUUGGCACAGUUUUUUUCAUUGUUAUGGCUGGUGUUUCACUUUGGUGGUUAAUAUUUUUUAAAAGAGAAGGUUCAGCUUUUCUUGUUUUGCCAUCUACUUCUCAACAAGCGUCAUUUACAGCACUUGUUAUUAUCGCAUUUAUACUAAAAACAUUCGAUAUUAUACAUUUAAUAAUUCGGCAAGCGGGUGUUGAUAUAUUUUUUAUUGAUUGGGAAAAACCGCGAACAGGAGACAGAAAUAAUGUAUCAAUUUGGCGAACAUUUUUUGUAGCAAAUGAAUAUAGUGAAAUUCAAACAUUUCGACGUAUUAACGUGACAUUUCUACUACUUUCUGUUUUAUUCUUUUUGAAAGUGAUUAACUUAGAAUAUGCAGCUAGAGCUCAACCAGAAACAAUUCUUUUUCCAACUUCCGCUGACUAUACUCCAGGUUUUAAUGGUAUUUUACGUGUUGGUAUUGCAUUUUCCAUGUGGCUUGUCUGUGCUGUUUUUCAAUACUUGAUUUAUAUAAUAUUUUAUCAACGUUUCGUUGAAGAUAAAAUCAUUAAUUUCAUUGAUAUAUGUUCAGUAUCAAACAUAAGUGUAUUUAUACUUUCGGACAAACAUUAUGGAUAUUAUAUUCACGGCAGAUCACCCAAUGGAACAUCCGAUGUAAACGUAAAAGAUAUGCUUAUUAAUUUAGAACGAGAAUCGAAUGCGAAAAUUGGCAAACGCGGUUUAGAAGUCGGUUCGGACGACCAAAUUUUUAUUGUUAAAAUCGAUCGAAUAUUUCGAUCUCAAUAUGAUCGUUUAGUUCGAAAUUAUGAACAUCGAAUGUUAUCACGUGUAAACAAAAAAAAUGACGAACGUGUUUCCGAUGUUUUAUUAACAUCGUAUAAAAACUUAAAUGAAUUCUUCUGUGCUUUUAUUGAUCAUUCAUUACCAGCAUACAAUUACGUUGUGCGCCAACGUUGGCUACUAGAAAAAAUCCUUAAUUUUGAAUUUACCGAUUCUGUUAAAAGAUCUGCGCCACCAAACGAAGCAGAAUGCAUUUUCUAUGUUGAUGCUGACAGAAAUUUUGCUAAAACAUUAUUUGCUGGUUAUGAAAAUUCGCUGUUCAUGUGGAAUAUGGCAAUAUUUCUUUUUGUUGAUUAUUUUGCGUUUAAUUAUAUCCUAGCUGCUGUUAUUACUUAUUUACUCAAUUCGAUUGCCGAAAGCGCACGUACCUCAUUAGGCCAAAAGAAUUUAUCGAAAAAAACACUGAUUCCAACAAAUUUUCUUCUUUAA